GGUUUUGGGCUUUUUUUUCGAUCUCUGGGCGCGCCUACUUGGUCAAGACCGAAGCGGCGCGCACGAUACGUUGCCUACAGAACCGCAGCAGCAGCUUUGUUGGGCUCGCGGUGAAUCCUUGACGCCGCACGCCCUGUGAGCACAGCCAAGCCACACAGCCCAUAAAACUCCGCAGCGCUCGGAGCCCGACGCCCGCGCAGCGGCGGACGGCGAGCCCAUAAAACUCCGCAGCGCUCCGAACGCACCCGCAGCGGCGAGCACCCAACAUGGGUGCAUUCUUAACAAAACUACUGGACACCUUCUACGCGAAGAAGCUCGAGGUAGUGCUUGUCGGCCUCGAAAACUCUGGCAAAACCACUUUGUUGAACGUCCUCGCGGCGGGCCGCCCCGUCGAGACCUGCCCGACCAUUGGAUUGAACGUGAAGUUGGUGAGGAAGGGCGGCGUCCAGAUGAAGUGCUGGGAUAUCGGGGGGCAGGCGCAGUACCGGAGCGAGUGGGGCCGCUACACGCGCGGCUGCGACGUGAUUAUUUUCGUGGUGGACUCGCACGCGAUCGAGUCGAUUCCGCUGGCGCGGAAGGAGCUCCAUCGGUUGCUCGAGGACCGGGAGUUGGCCACCACACCAGUCCUCGUCGUGUCGAACAAAAUCGACCUCGAGCCCCACGUCACGGAGGGCGAUUUGAUUCGGGACCUGAAUUUAGAUUAUGUCACGGAGAACCCCUGGAUCGUCAUUCCGAUCUCCGCGCUGAAGGUCGUGAACGUGGACCAGGUCCUCCAGUGGCUCAUCAAGCAGGGGAAUUCGAAGCCCUCGUCGUAAG